GGUGCCCGAGAAAAUGGAUGCUAGAAGAAAGCAAUGGAAAGACAAUACGUUCACUCCUUUUGUAAAUGAGCAUGAUUUUCAGGAAGACGCUGCGUCGCCUCAGUCUUUCUCUGAACAGCCAGCUGCAGACAAACCCAAGAUGAUGGAGAGAAUUUCUAACUUUUCCAUGAGGAACAAUCAAGAAGGAAAUAAAUUUAAGAGGAAAGAUUAUUCUCCCCAGAGAGUAGAAAGAGAACAAGAUCCAAAUUUAAGAGAGAGAAGGAUGAACAUAUCGAAGAAUGAAGCAAAUACCAAUGUUGCCUCCUGGGACUUGCUUGAUUCAGAUGAAGCAACGAAGGAAAGUUCUUACAGAAGGGAGAGCGCCUCUGCGUGGAGUAAGAAGGAAUUGCCGGCUGCCACGCAAGGCACCAGGAAGAAAGGGACCGAAGCGAUGCCUCCAAAACUCCGCCUGCACCUUCUGAAUGAAGAGCUGGGAGAACUUAGCCUGAAAUGCCGGGAGAUAGAACAGGACUUUGAAAAUGCCGAAAAAGAAUUUUUGAACUCUCGAAAAGAAGCCUCAAUGAAAGCUGUCAAUUUUCAAGAACCAGGGGUAGCUGCUUCCAAGAAAGACCGGGAACUGCAAGCUUUGAAAAACGACCUGUCUGAAAAAGCGACAAACGUAAAAAACUUAACUGAAGAGCUCCAGCAAGCCAAAGAAGUCAUGUACAGGUUGACUCUGGAGAACAGGAACUUGAAAGACGAUGUCAGGAAACUGAAGCAUCAAACAGAGCUAAAUACCGCGCUCCUCAGAGAAGAAAUGAAAUUGUUUUACGAGCUGGAGAUGGAAAAGAUCCGCUUGGAGCUGGGUGCCAUCAAGAAUGAGCUGAGAGUCGAGAAGACCCUGAGGGCGAAGAACAGCAGAGCUCUACAGUUGCUUGGAAGACACGUUGCUUCAAUGGUAAGGCCAUCAAAUACUGCUGACCACUUUACUGGGAAUGUUUUUUAAACUUAAAAAACAAAAGCCUUUCAAUGGGAACGCUAUUGAGCCAAAUCAAUGUUUAUCGUACUAUAUCUCUAUAUAUUUGUGUACUGCUAAAAUGUAUUUGAAAGCUUGUAAUCUCUACUUCUGGUGAAUCAGAACAUCUACAAUUUAUGCAGAUGUUGACAUCAAAGCAUUUGUUUCUCUUCCUGAAGUCAUUGUGAGACUCUGAAUGAAAGCUUCUAAAAUCUCUUUUAUACGGAAUAUACUUAUAUUUAAACAAAACAACAAUAAAAACACCCGAUCUGAUUCACUAGAUCAUAGAUGAAUCUGAGUCAGCAGCCCUGUGUGAUCUUGUUAGCCAUGUCCUUGGCACAUCAAUGUUCUCCUAUCUGUGGUAAUCAAUGUGAACAAUAAAAAUGUUGUUUACAUGUAUA